AGCAACGGGGGAGGGGAGAUCAAAAAAUAAAUAAAUUUGAAAAAAAAAAAAGAAAAGAAAAAAGGAAAAGGAGGAGGAGCCCUAAUUCGACCGGCGCACGUUAGCAUCAAUCGCAGAGGGGGGGGGGUGUGGGGGCUCGGCGCAGGAUAAGAGGAGGCGAAGAAGAUGAUGCUCCCCGGCGUAGAGCUCGCGAGGAGGCGCCGCCUCCACCACCACCACAGCGCCGAUCCGCUCCCGGCGGCGGCUUCGGCCCCCGGCGGCGGCGGCGCCGCCGCCGCGUCGUCCAUGGCGGAGCCCGCGCUCGCCGCGCGCAUCCGCCUCGAGGAGAAGCUCCACGGCCUCUCCAGGUGGAGCAGACUUCCAUGUAACAACCGCGGGGAUCAGAACUCACGGCCGGCAGCCCCGGGGCCGAGCCGGAGGGCGACCGCGGAGUUACCGGCGCGAAAUCCGGGCGUGGUAGGAGGAGGCGCGCGUCCGGUGGCGAGGACGUCCUCGCGGACGUCGGAGGUGUGCGCGGUGUGCCUGGAGGAGGUGGAGGUGGAGGCGGCGGAGCAGACGCGGGUGACGCGGCUGCCGUGCUCUCACCGCUACCACUCCGACUGCGUCCUCCCGUGGCUCGCCGCCCACCCCGACUGCCCCUGCUGCCGCGCCUCCGUCGUCCCUCCCCCUUCUCUCCACGUGCCCUCUUAGCGCAGGAUCUUGUUGCGCUGAAAAAUGUACGAAACUUAUAGCUGAACUAUAUAUAGCUAGCAUUCAAUGGUACAGAUGUGCGAACUUUAAAAAUUGGUUAAAAUACAGAAUACUUUCUUA